CUUCCACAAGUAUGACGUGCAACAGGAAGAUCGCGUCAAUUUCCGUCUAAUAAUUGUACUAGCGUAUCGGCAUGGAUCUGCUUUGAAAGGGACUUGGAACCUUCGGAUUUGACAACUCGACACUUCACUCCACCGCCAUUACAACAAACACAUCGGCAUCACACGCAUCACGCCACAUCGUUGCACCUAAGAGUCUCAUCUAGCAGCACCUUUACUUGCGCUACGUUCUGUGAUUUCAGUUGAUCCCAGUCAUAUCUCUUUGAUUGCUUCUGUUGCGUUCGUUGCUGGCCUAUCGCCCUUUGAGGCAUAUUUCUGCAACAUGGCUCUCAACGGCAGCACAAGGCGAUCGUCUGAUAUUUGGCAUGACAACAAGCCAAUGCACGACUCUUUCGAUGUCUGGGUGAGCAAGAACGGUAAAGAUGCAUAUAAAGACUUCAAAAAGGCUCAUCCAACAACCAAACACUCGUACGACAGCUGGCGUCAGACAGAGCAGGUCUAUGGCCCAUAUCUGUUCUACGUAACUUCUAUGAUCUGGCAUGAAGACGACAACUCAGAUGAUGGAAGCACAAAACGCCGUCGUAUUUCGCGUGUGCCGGAUGAGAAUCCGAAAAAGACAGCAACCGUCAACGGAAACGGAGCGCCGCGGACUGCAGGCUCAGCAACACCAACGCCUGCAGCAAACUCAGACGAGGUCAAUGCAUCUGGCAAGAGGAAACGAAAGCCGCGAAAGAAGUACAUGUCGCAAGAGCUUGUGGCAUCAGACGAAGAGCCAACAGACGAGGUCGAAGCAGCGACUCUCAUCAUAAAAGAAGAGACGAUUACAGCGCCAGCUGUCACUAUCAACGGGAGGCGCAAGUCUGCCUCCCGAAAGCCUAGGAAGAAGCCUAUCUCCGAUGAAACCGUCUUAUCCGAAGACGAGAAUGAUGACCGUACGAUGAUCGAUGCUCAACCCAUUGCAUCGCCCCUCCCUGUUCGCUCUGCUCCCCGUGCAGCCGCCACGGCGAGACAAUCAGAGUCACCGAAGAAGGCAACACCAAAGCAAGCCUACGUGAAGAAGUCAAGAAAGUCAUUCCUCGUAAGAUUACCCUUCCAUCUUUGGGAUGCCGUAAACUUAGAAGAGAAGUCCGAAGAGAUGGUACUCGAUGAGGAUACCGAUCACGGAGAAGUUUCUAUCGCCGAAGUCAUACGACCUGCGACAACCCCUGCUACCACACCUAAACCCGACACCAGCAACGACAUUCAGACAGAUACGAACGCCGAUGAAGCUGCAGAGCCGGAAGAAGAAGGCACGCCUGACACGUCAGCUGCUAACACGAGGCGGGGUUUGCGCAAUAGGAAACCGGCGCAACAGCGGCCGUACUAUCACGAUGCGCAGGUCUUCGAGGAUGUCGAGACUGAAGAGGAAGAUGAUAGCGAGCUCGAAGCAGUGUCGCGCGAGGGGUCUCCGGAGGCUCUGUCGUCGAGCAGGCCGAAGCAUUUCAAAGGCAAAGGCCGUGCUUGGAAGAAGGACGGCUCUGACGAGGACGAAGAGUUUGUCACGCCAAAAGAGAAGAAGGCUACAAAGGCUGCAAAAGCUAAGGCCCAUCGAGAGAAGGCCAAGGCAGAAAAGGAGGAGAGUGAACAGCUUAGCUGGGAUAUCACGUUGGCGCUUUGGCAGGCUCUUGUUUCAGAUGCAGAUUGGAGCGCCGACCGGGACAACCCGAAUCAUAUCAGUAACAGGUGCAAGCAGGAACAACAGGCCAAUGGUUCAGCCAAGGACAUAUCCCAGGAUAUACCCGAAGAAACGUCCAAAGAGAUGCCCAAGCAGAAGAAAAACCUUGGUCGGCCCAAAAAGAGUCUGUCUGAAGACACCGUCCGCGACGACUCUGACAACGACACUCCUCAAGCAACGCCGUCCCAGCCAUUCAAGCGGGGUCGUGGCCGUCCACGUAAGAGCGCACUCUCUUCUGAAAUCGUCCAUGACGACUCCGAAGACGAAGCUCCGGCCGUAACUAAGCAAACAUCGCCGCCUGCGCAAAAGGCAACAUCACCAGAAGGAACAUCCGAUCUCAUCACGCCACCCAAGACAAAGCCUACGACCCGCCCCUUCACCGCUAAAAGCACGGCCGAAGCAAUAACGCCCAAGAAGCGCGGCCGCCCGCGCAAAUCCUCCGCCGCCACCACGCCCGCAAAGUCCGCCUCCAAGUCCGCCAAGGACGCAGACCACUACGAGCCCCAACGAUGCGGCUCCGCUGCAACCGACACCACCGAACCAAAGAUAUCACGGGCAAGAGCCAGCGUCUCCUCUGCUUCAGACGACUUCCCCAUGCCAAACGUCAAUCGCGGCGCCGCACUCAUCGAGUCUCUAUACCCGCGCGACCAGCACGAGCCCAGCCGCGCGAGUCCCGCGCCGACGCCUGCCCCUGAGCCGGUUUGUAGAGCUCCGCCUGCGCCGCCGAUGGUCGCUGCGCCCAAGCCCGUAGAGACAGCGCAGGCUUCUGUGGAACCGCAGCCGAGCGUGGAAGAGAUGAUGGAAGAUGAGGACACGGCUCCUGCCAUCAGCGAGUCAAAGCCUGAAGCCUUUUUCGAGGCAGUAGUGGAGGACGAUGAGGGCAAUAUGAGUGCUGCGAUGAGUCUGAGUUCGGAUGGCGGGCUGUAGAGCAUCUCACGCGGAUCGACUGUGAGCUCGGUCGACAUUGUUCGAUAACGGAAGGACAGCAGGGGAGUGGGGAGUGGUAGUUGGUCGAGCCUUUUGGCAUCAGAGUGGCAUUGUUCGGGUUGAACGAUGGAAACGAUGCCCUUCGUGGCGCAUCACGUAUGUUUGAGGAGUAGCAAUAAUCAAUAAUUAACAACAUGAGCUGUGAAACACUUCACACACACGCCACGGC